GACCGACAACGAUGUCGGGUCGACAGCGUUAAACCUCCGCAUCCCUUGCUUCUAACCUCCAGUUUUCUUCACCUUUCUCGUCGGUAAGCCCCAGUCUAGGCAUCCUCCCACUCCGCUCUCCACCUCUCCACUCUCACUCUGGAUGUUCUUUGUUUCUUUACUUCCUCUCGGCAGUAGUCCAUACCAAUAAUGGACGCCUAUAAUCCUCUACUGGAGAGAACACGUGUCCCCCAACCUUGCUUACAAAAAUUUGCAGUAAUCUCAAUCUUUGAGAAGCUCCGAAACGCUCCUCCUCACCUAGUCCCGGAUUCCGACCCGGGAAGAGAAGCCAUUACUUACUGCCUCCACUCCACCUUCGUCGGCGUAGUUGACCAAUCGGUCCGGGAAGUAUGCCGCCUCGUGAAAGACUCUAAAAUGGACCUCUCCGCGGAUUGUUGGAGCUUCAGUCCGGCCUUGAAGCUUCCGGUCCUCGUUUCGUUAAUCUCUUCGUUAAAGCCCUAGGAUUUCUCGUUAGUUGUGGGUUUCAGAAAAAUCCUUCUUCAUUUCGGUUUCAAUCACCCGAAACCCAUCCGUUCGUCAAGAUUCUCUCUUGUCGAGUUGAAGUUCAAUGUGAGCUCGUGCAACAAGUUGGUAAUUUCAUGGUGAAAAAUAAGCAUUUGGGGAUUACUAAAGUUUGUGAUUUCUUGAGGCCUUUGUUAAAUUACUCAUUUAUUCAAGUACCGGUUGUGGCUUCUUUCCGUUGUUUUGCAACGAGCUUAGUGUCGUCCAUCACAUCUCUCAGUUGUUCCUUCCCUCCCGAGGCCAUUCCGGUUAUUAAGCUGUUGAUGGGAUGUCUCAGAUUUUUUCCACGUCGAGAUGCACAAGACCUUGCUGUCCUUCUCCAGCUUCUUGAAUGCACCGUGGAUGCCUAUGUGGUUGUUCUGAGGCAGCUGGUGGGAAUGAGAUUGCUGGUACACGAAGUACAAUUAUGUGGUCUGGAACUGGUUGAGGCCAUCUUUUCACUGCAUAAAGAUCUUCGCAUGCACUUACAUGGAGUUGAGAACAUCUCGGAAAUGUCAAGGCAUUUGUUGGCUGUCCAGAAAGACUUAGGCUUGAGUUAUUUGCCUGAUUUUUCAUCAGUAAUAUUAUCCUUAAUUAUACCUCUCAUUCAGUCUGAGCUGGAGCAAGAACAUAUUGCUAUACUGAAGGUGCUGCUUUCUCUUAGAGUGGAAACAGGAAAAUGUGUACAAUGUCACUAGAGCUGCAAGCAACUUAAACGAGGAGCUUUUGUUCAUUUUUCCAGUCAUUAACAUCAUGUCAUCACCAAGUAUAGUUGUUAAGAAAGUAGCAGUUGCUGUAAUUUCUUCUUUGGAGAAUAUCUUCAUAGAUUUGUUGGUUUCAACAAGGAGUGGCAGGGCAACUGAGAGGAAAUUUCCCUCUAUUAGCACACCUGGAUGCAUUAUUUAUAGGUUUCUCCAUCAUUUAUGGUUUCAGGAUCCAUCUUCAUUAUCUUGUGCUUUUUAUCUCAAAGUUUCUUCUACUGAAUCCUAUAUUGACGAGGGAAAUGAUACACCCAAAUCUUGCACCUCUUUGCUGCGGGACUAUUCUUUGCAAAUCGGGAAAAAAAGAAGUCCAUUCAACCUCUUUCUAUGUUUCAGCAGAUAUUUAUUUCAGAUACUUCCUUCUUCCUUGGUGCUAUUGCUAGUGUACUUCUUAUGCAUCAGAAAUUGGGGAACUGUUCAGUUGAUCUCUUGGCUGUUACUGGCAAUAUGAAUCCUGAGCUUGGAGUGUCACUGAUGCUAGUCAUUCUGUUUUGCAUUCAUGCAUUUUCUACCAAAGAUAAGGAUAUUGAUUUCCACAGCAUGUUGCUGAAACUACUUGCCAAGCUUCCUUCACUUGCUUCACAUUCCGCAAUGCUACCGCUGAUAGUUCAGACUGUAACGCCAAUGCUUCAUAAGGAUGCAAAACCGUAUGCUCAUAUGUGUUCUUUUGUGUUUCUCAAUCAUGCACUAUCCGUGCUGGACAUUAUAUCUGGGGAAUUGCAGUGUUGAUUGCCAUUCUUUAUACUCUUACUUUGGAACUUACAGAGAAAGCCACCUGAUGUUUCAGUUACAUAAUGUGAAAAGUUUUAUAUGCUACUGCUACUCGGUUGAUAUGUAAGACCUGGGAGAUUAAUGACCGUGUCUUUGGGAAUCUACAGGGAGUGCUAGGACCACAAAAAUUUGUUGAAAUGGCAACAAAGAAAGACGUCUGUAUUAGUAUGGCUGCUUCUGUGCGAGAUGUUUGCAGAAAAGAUCCUGAUAGGGGUGUGGACCUCAUUUUGUCUGUGGAGGCUUGCAUUGAAAAUGAAGAUCCUCUUGUUCAGUCUCUUGGAUUCCAGAGUCUUGCACAUCUUUGUGAAGCGGAUGUCAUUGAUUUUUAUACUGCUUGGGAUGUGAUUGCAAAGCAUGUCUUGAGGUACACAUCAAAUGCUGUCGUUGCUUAUAGUCUAUGCCUUCUUUUGAGAUGGGAGCAAUGGAUGCUGAAGCAUACCCUGAACCUGCUUCAGAGAUUUUAAAAAUUUUGUGGGUAGUUGGAACCUCCAGAAAUCAUGGUCAGGGUUCUUUGUGGGCAAAAGCUCGAGCAACUGCAUUUAUAGCACUAACACAUUAUGAGGUGGUGCAUAUUUUUAGAAGCAUUCCAGAUUUUAGGGAUGUGAACCUGGAGUUUCUUUUUUCAGAGACUGAUCCUGAAGUAUUAAGAGCUGUAGAAGGAUUUGAAUCUAGAAUUAUCAAUCACGAGUACAUGAAUCGGAGAAGAUAUGUAAAUGAGCAAAGAGUCUCCAAAAGCAACGUUGAGAAGUUGCUAGAUGUUUUUCCGCAGGUUGUCUUUCCUACUGGAAGCAAGAGCAGGGUAAGGGAAUUACCUGGUGCAGCUUUGUUUUGCCUUUCUUUUGCUCCUCUGGAUAUGAUAAACAGGGGAAUGUUAAAAGAUUUGGAAGAAGUAAAUGCUAAAUUUGAGAAUGCACUGCUAGAAAUAGCUUCCUCUCUUCAGCUCUCAAGAAAUAUUUUGGUUGCCCUUAUCACAUUGCAAUCAUGGAAAUCCUUCAUGCAAAGGUGGAUGAAAGUUCAGUUGAUGUUACUUGAUGCUAAGGCUCAUUCAACUGUGUUGGAUAGAACUUCUAAAGCUGCAAAUAACAUUCUGAAGAUUGUGAGGCGGAUCUCAGAUGAAUGUAUCCCUAGCUCUGCGGAAAAUUUUGCUCUCGCUAUUGGUGCUCUUUGUUCGGCACUUCCCCAGUCUGUACACACUGUUAAGUCUUCUGCUUCGAAGUUUCUGUUGGAUUGGUUGUUUCAAUAUGAAAAUGAGUGUCGACAGUGGUCUGCUGCAAUUUCUCUUGGAUUGGUAUCAAGUUGUCUUCAUGUGACUGACUGCAAACAAAAGUAUGAAAACAUCAAGGCCCUUCUUGAGGUUUUAUCAAUUAGCAAAAACACCCUUGUAAAGGAGCUUGUGGAGUUGGAUUGUUUUUCUUGUCAAGAUCUUCUUACGAGGGUUGAUUCUGAAUGUAAUCCUCAGUUGGAGAAGGAACACAAGAGACAGAAGUAGAAUUAUUAAGGAAUAUCAUUGGGUGUUAGCCAGGAGUCUAUGUCAGUUCGCACAAUCUUCUGCUGAUAUACUACAACAGCUAGCUGCAUGUGUUCCAUUUGUAAUGGAUGAAUGUGAUCCAAUAUCUCAGUUGAGUUGGUGCAUCAGAAUGAUGAUGAUUUGGAGGAAGACAUAUGGGGCGUUGCUGGACUUAUCUUGGGUUUGGGAAGUUCUGUUAGUGCAUUAUAUAGAGCUGGAGCUAAUGAUGCUGUUAUAUAACAUAAAGGAAUGGAUUUUUUCUUGUAUUCCAGACUUAAAUCCUUCAUUACAGAAAGAUAUGAUCUUUGAAAGACGUGAGAUGGUAUUAUCUGUUGGUUCUUGUCUUGCUCUUCCUAUUGUAGUGGCUUUCUGCCAACGAGUAGAACUGAUUGAUGAUAGCGAGAUAGAGCAGCUGGUGAGUCAUUUUGUUGAGUUGAUCUCUGAGCUAUUAUCUGUUGAAAAAUUCUGGCACCUUCAACCAGAGCUUGUUGAUGGUAUCUUGUGUUGGAGCUGGAAACCUUUUGUCCACCAUCAUGAAUGGAGGGGUGCACUCCUUAAAGGUUGAUAAUAUUAAAGAAAUACUAUCAUUGCUCAGGAAAAGUUAUUCUAGUCCUCACCCACCAUAUGUCCAUCUGGGAGCGAUACUUGGAAUAGUCUCUGCAUUAGGGGCAGAUAUUGGAUUACUGGCUCAAUAUGCCCCUUAUUUGCAAGCAGGCAUCUCAUUUGAUCAGAAGCUGGAAUCUUCUCGUAUCAGGGGUCCGUUACUUUCAAACCCAUUCUUUGAGCCUGAAUUGACAUCAUUAGUAAGGGAGAUCUUUCAUAUCGCACAAAGUUCUGAUAACAAUCAGUUGCAACAAUUUGCGGCUUGGGGAAUCUCAUUUCUUGGGCAUUGUUCAUGGUUCAGACCACCUCAAAAGGAGAAUACUUUUGAAGAGGAUGCAGUAGGCUCAGUCUCUCAAAGGCUUCCGAAGGACAGUCUAGUCGUCAAAGUCUCUUUGUGGUUAAUGCAUCUGGACCCCGGAAUGCAGAUGGGUGCCACUUCAAAUGUUGUUUCAGUAAUAACUGCUUUGCGGUGCCUUUCAUAUGCUCUAGAUUGCCAAAGUUGGAUUGGGAGCAAUCAUUAGAAGGUGCAUGAGAUAUGAGACCAAGUUGCUAAAUUGUGCCCCCGAGUCUUCCGUUAAGAAAGGAGUUCUACGACAGGAAUGUUUAUUAUUCUCUUUAUCGCAUGCAAACCAGUUUCAUUCGCUCCUUGUAUUUCUUGAUGAGCUCUCUGACCUUUCCAGGUUUAGGACACUUGACCUGAAUUUGCAGUCAUGUUUGCUUUUGCAUCUGGCAGACCUGAUCAAGAUAUUCUCACUUUCAAGGGUUGAGAAGCUAUUUGAUGAUGUAACCAACUACUUCUCUUGGUUAGUCUCUUCUGAACAGUACAGCACAGAAGAGAAAAGCUUGUUAAGGGCUUCCUGUUGGAAGGGUCUCUACUUAUGUUUGGAUGAAGAGUUUCUUGAUGCCCAACAUCAUAUGUCGAACCUUGAGAACUGCAUGAAGAUGCUCUUUGCUUUUUUACCUGCCGUGGCCAUUGGCGAAUCAUGUUCUGGAAUUUUGAAGGAGUGGUCUGAAGCAGUUAGGUGUCUAAGAAAGGCUAACCAGGGAUGGUUAUUAGAUCUUCUGAAGGCACCUGAGGGGACCUUCAUGAGGACAAUGGCCAAUUCUUUGAAGUUGUGAAAAAGAUUCAAGCUAAAGCGAGGCUGGUGCGAAUUGGUUCCAUCCCCUUAAAUGAGCUUGGGAGAUUGAAAGCUUGUAUGCUGAAUACUAGAUCACAAGUUAUUUGGAAUGUUCUGGUGGAAGUUGCUGCAACCCUGCAACAUGCAGAGGAAAGUAUCAAAAGACAGUGGCUUCUCGAUACACUGCAAAUUAGCUGUGUGACGAGUUAUCCUUCCACGGCGCUGCGAUUUCUUGGCCUUUUAUGCGGUAACUAUUGCAAGUAUAUGCCUGUUUUGGUUGUGGAUGCGGACACCGUACUGAGUGAUCUACCUGUCACGCUUGCAAGUGUGCUUUUAGAUUGCAUUUUGGUGGUGUAGCAGAAGCCGUAGUACUGUCUUUGUGGACGUUGACAGAACGACUUUAUGCUUGGGCAUUGUGCAGAUCAAAGGAUAAUUAUACACCUUCUCAAAGGUCUAUUGACAGGACUGAGGAUGAGAUGCAGCGCUUCUGUUGAAAGUGACGCAUCAUGCCUGUGUUCUGCUAAAUAACCAUCUGCCUGUAGACAAGCGACUUAAGCUUGCUAAUAUGGUGGUCCCGGACACAUUGUGAUCGAGAUGUAAUGUGGUCAAUUGUUUUCAGCGGCUACCAACGAUGCAGAUCCAGUUCAUAGAAUUGUAUGUGAUAAAUACUGGCGGGCUUUUGGUCCGGUCAAAGUGUACGAGGAACUUGGUUGCAUUAGCCCGGGAACUGUUUCUUUCACGAGAUGACGUCUGAUUUCGUUCCAGAAGCGAUUAACUCCUGCAAAUCGUUUCCUUUACCUAGAAUCUGAUGGCCGGUAGCUGAGUUCUCAGUGUACUAAUGGGAUUCGGGGCAGUUAAUGGUUCAGAUCGGAUCAUAUCGAUUCAGUCAUGGACCAUUCAUUUUACAAUUACAAAAAUUUGAAAUGAGUGGCUUAGAUUGGAUCGAGUUGAUGUGGCGUUCGAUCUGAACCGUGAAUCCAUUUUUGAGUUGAAUCAUCUUGAAAUUGAGUUGAUGGCGUCCGAUCAUAACCUUGAAUCUAUUUUGAUGAAUUGGAUCCUUGGAAUUCAAUUAAUAGGCGGGUGAUCAUUUCUGACGUAACACGACGUCAGCCACAACUUGCAAUUAACUAACUAGUGCUGGUAUGGUAACAUGAAUUGAAUUGGGUCGUUGCUCGGAUGAUCAACUAUCGCACCAUCGAGCAGCCAUCCGCUUCAAAUGUGGUUAGUGGAUCCCUUCAAUUCAAUGGAGUUAUAAUGCUUUCUUUCAUUUAAUUACUGUGAAUGAAAGAUUUCAUUGAAUUGAAUUGGGCUGUGUACUGCAAGAAAUAGUAGUGUAUGUCAAUAUUUAUUACAGUUCCAACUACUACUGACGAUAGCUCAUUUUCCUUCAUUUAAAUCUUAAACUUCAACUCUUUUCUUCCUC